UUUAUUGUGGCUUUUAAAUGUGGAUGUGGUAAUGAGUAGAAUUUGCUAUUAGUGGAAUAUUGAUUUCUUAUCUCAUGGCCGGGGAUUUUCCUUUGUUCAAAAUUCAUCCAAUUAUUCGAAUGAAAACAUCAACAUGUUGAAAGUUCCCACUGAAAAUCGAAAUGCAUCUAUAUUCAAUCGAUUCUUCCAUCAUGUCUCAUUUAUACUUCAACGGGACUGUUCUGUUUGCUACACCGAUGUAUCGGAAAAAGUUCUCGCAGCUGAAAGGGUUAAAACUGCCAUUAAAACAUCUGUUAUGGAAGAUUUGAAAGGUCAGGACACAUUAGAUUCUGGCAUAACUGCAACACAAAUACUCCAUAAACAGAGAGCAGUGCAUGUUCUUCAUCAAAUGAGAUCAUGUAUUUCAUCUUUUCUUUUGAAAAUUGCAGCUUGGGUAAUGUACAAACUCCUUGGGAAAAUGCUGGAUGGUAUUGAAGUCCGCAAAGAUCAGAUUGAAAGUGUAAAGAAAGUAUCUGAGAAUAAAAUGCCCAUUAUUUAUUUGCCUCUUCAUCGCAGUCAUCUUGAUUACAUUCUUGUUACAUUCAUUUUAUACAUGAAUGGUCUCAGAGCUCCUUUAGUUGCAGCUGGAAAUAACCUAAUGAUUCCAUUUUUUGGUGCUCUCUUACGAGGGUUGGGUGCAUUCUUCAUAAAACGCAAAUUAGAUCCCCAAAAUGGUCAACGAGACUAUGUGUACAGAGCUGUUCUUCACACGUAUAUGGAGGAGAGUUUAAAAGAAGGUCAUAGCUUGGAGUUUUUUAUUGAAGGUGGAAGAUCACGUACAGGAAAAGCUGUGUUGCCAAAAGCAGGAUUACUUUCCAUUGUUGUUGAUACUUUAAUGUCUGGUAACAUCAAAGAUGCGUACAUUGUUCCAAUUGCUAUGAGUUAUGAAAAACUGCUUGAUGGAAACUUUGUAUCAGAACAGACAGGAAAGCCAAAACAGAUGGAAAGUUUUACUUCUGCAAUCAAAGGCAUUUGGAGAACAUUACACUCAAACUUUGGAACUGUCAGAGUUGAUUUUUGCCCACCCUUUUCUCUUAAGGAAUUUUUGAUGGCUGCUGAAUACUCUUACAAUUCACCUGUACAAACCUUACAACCUUGUGUUGUUCAACAAAGCCAAUGCUUUUUUAACCACACUAUGAAAUCACGUCGCAGAUCAGAAUAUGGAACGGAAAUUGUGUCUGAGGAUCAUAGACAAUUGAUCAAGGACUUAGCUGAUUAUGUUGUCUUCGAUGCUUUCAAUGCAUAUUCUCUCAUGUCAACUAAUCUUCUAGCUUUUCUGUUCAUGACAAAACACAGAAAGGGAUGCAUGUUUGAUCAACUUGUACAUAGCAUGAACUGGCUUCGUGAAGAAUUGAUUAAGAGAAAUAAAAAUAUCAGCUUCAAUGGAGAAUCAGCUGAUUUAGUUACAAGAGCCGCUCAAUUGUUAGGGAAGAAUCUUGUUAGUAUAGACACAGUUCGAAUGGAGUGGUCUUCAGGUCAUGCCAACAGUAAUGUGAGACUAUUCUAUUAUAACCCAUCAAUGAGCUUGCCAUUCAUUUUUGAGCUUCAGUAUUAUGCCAAUUCUGUCCUGCCCGUCUUUCUUCUGGAGAGUGUUGUGGUUAGUUCUGCAUGUUCCUUAAAAUUAGAGGAACAAGAUGAUGAUGACAGCAAGGUUGCUUAUGUUCAAAGAAGUCACGUAUUGAAACAGAGCUUAGAAAUAUGUAGUAUUCUCCAAUAUGAAUUUAUUUUCUCUCCACCUGGAACAAGCAUAUGCACUGUUCUGAAUGCUACUAUUGAUGACCUUGUUGAAAAUUCUACAUUUGUAAUUAAAGAAAAAUCUGAGUUUGAUGAAGCAGUGAGUGACAUUCCUGAUUUAAUGUUGGAUGAUUUCUUUGAAUAUGGUGACCUAUCAGAAUUACACCAGCAAAUCAAAGUCAGUUCUGAAAAUGAGGAUAAGACAAUGAUACAAUUUCUUCGUAGCAUUUUGGCCCCAUUCUUUGAGUCCUAUUUUAUAUCUACUUGUACAUUGCCGAAUUUGAUUGAUGUUGAAAUUGAAGAAUCUUUGCUUUUGCAAGAAAUAAAGAAAGUUGGACUCAAAAAACUUCAGCAGGGACACAUUUAUUAUGAGGAAUGUCUUGGGUUAGAUGCACUGAAAAAUGCCUUAAAAUUGUUUGAAAGCUGGAAAAUAAUUACUUUUCGAAUGAACAAUUCUCAAAAGCUUUACAGUUUACAGCCAUAUUAUAAUAAUGAAAUGAGGUUAAAAGAUAUUAUUAACAGGAUAAUGAAAUAUGUUGGGUAAUGGACUUCAUGGCAGUUCCUUUUGUAUCUGUGAAAUACUUUUAAAACAAAAGUAUUUUUUUAAAUGCUGUUUUGAGUAUAUCAUGCUUAAUUACAGCACCUAAAAUUUGUACUGUAUAUUUCCUUCAUGCAAAGGAAAAGGCAUUGGUUUUUUGUUUGUUAAAAUGCUUUUUCAUAUUAUUUCAAAAUAUCUCCCAUCAUUGAGUUGUUACAUUAAAUAACUGUAGGGAUGAGGUUUUAUACUUUGUUGGUUUCUAUACAUAUAUGUGUUUUAUUUGUGUACAAAAUAUGCUCAUGAAUUAUUACUUUCUUGUAUCAAGAAAGUGGACUAAGAAUUUCGUGUCUGGCCUGUCAGUUAUGACUGAUGAUUGUUUUUGUUACAACAGCUACAAAAAUCGUAAUUUAUUGCUCAUUUCAAAACAUCCUAAUUCUGAGUUUUGAAAGAAAUUGUGUGUGUGUGUGAGAUUGUCUGUUACCAAUGCAUAUUUUUGUUGAAAUUAAUUAUAUAUGAAAAUUAUGCACUCUAAACUCUCAUAUUUCUUACAAAUAUAGGUGAGUAUUUUGUUCACUUGCUUUGGUGCUCCCUUUAUUGUCCAAAGAUCUAAUGAUAAUCCUUUAUGUGCCCAAAAUCUGCCUAAAUGUGUAAGCAUUUCAGUCACUUCUGUUGUGUGUUAUAUAUUCUUCUGACAUUACAUAACAGUAUCAUGUCUGAUAUUUAAACUUCUGUAUCCAUACAUAUUCAUUUUAAAUUCCUGAAUUUGUCUAUUUGUAUGUGUGUGUGUGUGUGUGUGUGAGAGAGAGAGAGAGAGAGAGCAAGUUGUGUAGUGCCUGUUUUUAUGCAUGUUAGCACCAAUUCAUACAGUGUCAGCUUUCUAAACUUUUGUUCAUAUAUUUUAUUAUUUUGAAGCAUGUUAUGAAUGACUAAAAUGAAAUGAUCUAGAAUGUAUUCCUUUGUGUCAGUGCAAUAUGUCCUUGUUAGUUUUUUUAAUUCAUUUUGUUCAUUUUCAAAUUUUUAUAAAUUUAGCCCUGUGCCACAGCAUGUCUUUGUCAAAAUAAGAAUUAAAAAGUUAUGUUUUACUGAUAAAUUCUUCUUUGAAUGAAUAUAAAUUACUUAAAGGAGAACUAUCCAAAAUUCAUCAAACAAGUUAUGGCUGUAAAUUUACCUAUUCAUUUACAAAGACAGCAAUUCACCAUUUGCUCAAAUCAGGACUACGCCUACAAUAAUGCGUGUUUUGCUGCUGGUAUGAGUCCCCCAGAGUAAGAAACAGUUAAUGUUUUAAGUUAAAAAGUUCUAAUAAUUCAAUUAUUCUGGUGUUUUAACUUCAAUUCAAAGUUGAUUUUAAAUUCCCAUGAAUGCAUUCUCUUUAGUGAAACAUUCUGAUCCUUGAAUAAAACAACAUAUAUUUUUUUACAGUACUUUCUAUAAAAUGACUAUACUCUUAAACAUGAUUUUUAAACAUGUAAUUAUAUUCUCAGACUUAUAAACUUUGUAAAAAAAUAAAAAUAUUUUAUAUAUUACAAUCUUCACUAAAUAGCAAAACAUGUUUGUUAAGGUUAUUGUUUGUUUUAAAUGUAUAAUAAACUUAGAUGUCUUUCAUGAUGUACAUAAAGUUAUUUUUAGCAAUGAACCAUGAAUUAUCUUUAUAAAUGAUGGGGGGGGGGGAAUCAUUUAGAAUUGCAUGUUUAUGACAACACUUACUCUUCUUCCAGAUGGAAAAAAGUAACAAUCCUUUAUUUAAAUGCUGAAAAGUUAAUACUGGAUCAUGUUAAUCUUUGUGAACAUACUCAGAUGAAGCAUGUAUAAGUUCAUGUUUUGAAAACAUAUUUCGAUUUUUGGCAUUCGUAAUGUAUAGAUGCAUUAAAUUUUAUUAAAAAAAAGGAUUAAAUAUAAAAAUUCUCAUGAUUACAGUACAAAAAUUUUGACUAAAAGAAUUUUUUCUCUUUCUUUAAGUUCUUGUAGUUUGCCUUAAAAAGUGCAUAUGGUUCACACAAUUAGUUAGUUUAAAAAAAAAUCAUGAAAGAAGAAAUCCUAAAAAUUUCCCAAGCUAAAUUAAAGGAAUAAGAGAGUAUUUUGAUACAAUUUAUGUGUUUUUAUCCCAAAAUACUUGAUGUGAUUUUUGUAAACUUCAAAAUUCAGUGAAUGUGAUACACCAAAUGUUAAAAAUUUCUUUUCCAAAAUAUCAACAUUUUUUAUGUCUCUCAAUCACAAAAGUUAUGUGUGUUUAAAUAAUGAAAUAUAUAUAUAAUUUUUAAUAAUACUAUAGUAGAAAAUUUAUAUUUUGUAAAAUAUGGUUUUAAAUGUUUUUAUAACACUUUACAGUAAUAUUAAUCUAAUUUAUUAUCUUGUUGUAAAUUCAAAAGUUUAACAACAAAUUGAAUUUUAUGUGUCCUGAUGAUGCAAUUUUGAACAUAAGUCAAAACUAAUUUUCUUUGUAAAUUUGACUAUCACAUGUAUUUUUUAAUACUAAAGAGAAAAUUGUUUUGGAACUGCAUUUUAAAACUCCAGCCAUUUUGACAAACUGUGUUUUAUAAUGCAUAGCAUUUGUGUAAAUACUCAACUGUUAAUAAAAUUCUUAACACUGAAUUAUUUCUUGUCCUGAUAUUUGAAAAAAGGUGGUGAUCAUAGAUAUGAAUGGUCAUACUAAUGAAAUAAGAAUUAAUUUUCAUAUUAAAAUAUUCCUGUUAAAGCACACAUUUUUAUGCUUCUCUCUAAAUUUCAAAAUGAGAAAGCAUCCUAAGUGCCAAUUAUAUUAAAUACUCUUUAUUUAAUC